AUGCACGCUUUGAAAGACACCAUUUCUGAUAAGCUUUCUCAGCUUUUUUCUGAUUCCCCUUCUCAGAACUCAGAUCAGCAGCUUCAGGUCAGACCAUCUAUGAAGGAAAGAAAAUCUUGGUCUUCAUUGUUACCCUUUGGUCUCCCUUCAGUGAGUUUUGAAUGGUUCAAAUCAAGCAAUCAUCAAAAUGAUGCCAAAUUGCAGCAGUCAGAUUCUUUUAGUUGGAGAAGCAAGAGUUUCUCUUUGAAAGAUAUACCUCUGGAUAGGCACAUAGAAUCUAGCAAUGGGCAUGAAAGUCAUGGGGGUUAUAGUGUGCAUCAUAAUAAUGAGUGUGGUGGAUCUAUCAGCAGAGUGGUGUGUCAAAAGAAGGAACUGAUAAAUGCCGAUGCUGAUAAUGGAGAUCCUGGCUCUGCGAGGAGAACUGGUGAUGGUUCUGAUAUCUUUGAAGAUGCUAGAGAUGCAAAUGGUUCUGGGAGGUUGUUGCCCAAUCUGACAGAUGACUCCCUUUUCGUAUCUCCUGACCUGUACGAAUUUUUUGAAUCAUCCCUUCCCAAUAUAGUGAAAGGAUGUCAAUGGGUCUUGUUGUACAGUACUGCUAGACAUGGUAUAUCAUUGCGUACACUUAUCAGGAAGAGCUCUGAUCUUUCUGGUCCUUGUUUACUGAUUACUGGUGACAAGCAAGGUGCUAUAUUUGGUGGGUUGCUUGAAUGCCCCCUGAAACCAACUGCAAAGAGAAAGUAUCAAGGAACGAAUCAGUCCUUUGUAUUUACCACCUUAUAUGGUGAACCGAGGUUAUUCAGACCAACUGGUGUGAAUAGAUACUUUUACUUGUGCUUGAACGACUUACUGGCACUAGGAGGGGGAGGCAAUUUUGCUUUAUGCCUGGAUGGAGAACUGUUAAGUGGUAGCAGUGGACCUUGUGAAACCUAUGGGAACUUGGGCUUGGCACAUGAUCCGGAGUUCGAUUUGAAGCAUGUUGAGUUGAGCACAGCUGCAAUUGAAGCUAUGGGGUUUUACGCACGCAUCUCCGUAUCUUUAGUACAAGAUGUCAACUUCACUUCUAGAUUGGUUGCGAUGGAAAUUCUUUAUUCUUUGAUGCGCAAAGCUCCUCUAUUUGGGAGUGGCAGCUCUAUAAUGUACAGAUAG